CCCGCGCACAAUUCCAAUCCUCCCUCCCCUCCUCCGGAUCCUCUCCUCCGCCGACGCCACCCAUCCAUGGACCGCCGCCUCCGCUCCCCGGCGCGCCGCCCCUCGGCGGAGCGCGGGCAGCAGCAGCACCUCCCGGGCAGCGGCGGCAGCCCGCACCGGUUCCUCCGCCCGGGCGCGCUCGCGCGGCUCCGCGACUCAAGGGUCCUGGCGCGCUCCCUCCGCUGCGCCGCGCGGGCGCGUCCCCAGCUCCCGCCGCCUUCCACCUCCUCGCCUCCCCGCUCGCCCGCGCCCGCCGCCUGGGACGGCGUGCCGUGCUUCCUCGGGACCGGGCCCGCCGCGAGGGGGAUGCGCUACCCGCUGCGGAAGAAGCUCGCGGCCGCCCGCGCCGUGGUGUUCCUGCCCCCGCCGCCGGAGGCAGUGGAGGCGUUUAUGGAUGCGUUCGCGCCGCCGGCGGCGGCGUCGCCGGACGUGGUCGCCGCGCACUGAGCGGUGGUGGCUUUUCCCGCUCGGCGGUUGUCGUCGCUUGUCUAGUCAUUAAUUACUUAAGUUAGAGAUAUAUGGUAUAUAGAUAAUGUGCAGAUGGAUCGGUUUAUGUUUCUGCUAGCUUCUUGUAUGGAUCUGGACUUGGUAUAUAUAAAUCUAAGAGUUGUUGAUGAUCCCA